GCAGCACGCGGCGCGAUGCUUGGCGUGACUCACGGCGCGGGCUUGUUGGGCGGCGCGGCCAGGGGUGGACACACGGACAUUACCAACACACCAGCAGCAAGGGAGAGCCGCCCCCACACACCACCCAGCCCCGCCACCCAGCACAGAGGAAAGUCACCCGCUGAGUGUCGCUUCGAGGUCAAAGGUCACGUGGUCAAGUCAACCCGUUACUCUCCCACCAUCAUGACCCAGAGCGGUAGCAGCAGCGUGACCCUGGUGCGGACGGAGCCAGGCGACGUCCUCCCUGACAAGACCCUCACGCACAGAAUCACGAGCAACAUGAACGGCGUCAGACCCACCACCACCACCACCACCUCCAACACCACCACCAGUAAAGACAGCAGUAGUGGUUACGGCGCAGACACCAAGCAGCAUCGCCUCAGGUCCUACCAACGUGCCAUCUUCGUAGCGAUGUUCCUGGGCUAUGCUUGCUACACUUACAACAGGAAGAGUGUGUCCUACGCUACCCCGACUCUACUGGCAACUGGUCUCAUCACCACCAGCACCGUCGGCGUGAUCAGCAGUUGUCAGAACAUGGCCUACGCUGUCAGCAAAUUCCUCGGUGGUGUUUUGUCCGACAAGAUGAGCGCACGGGUCCUAUUCUCCAUGGGCCUGGCGUUGAGUGGAGCCAGCACCCUUCUCUUCUCGCGCACGGAGGACCCGACGCUGUGGGCCGCGCUGUGGGCAGUGAACGGCUUUGCGCAGGGCUGUGGAUGGCCGUCCUGUGCCAAGCUGCUGAAGAAGUGGUUCAGCCCCGCCCAUUUCGGAACGUUGUGGAGCGUUCUGACGGCUAGCAGCAACGUUUCCGGGACCCUCUCGCCCCUGCUGGCCGCUUACGUCAUCAUGAGUCACGGUUGGAGCGCUUCUCUGAUCAUUGCCGGGUUGGUAUCACUGGUCAUGGCCGGCGUAACGUUGGUAACACUGAUAGAUGACCCCUGCCAGGCUGACCUCCCCAACCCUGCCCAGCCCCUGCACACUGAAAGAACAAAGGAAACAGUCGAUAAGAAGGACCUCAACACACGUCAGACACCAGAGGGCCAGGCAGGGAGGCGAGAGGAGGUAGGGGGCGUGCGGGAGCUUGUCAAGUCCCCCUUCCUGUGGCUGGUCUCCGCUUGCUAUCUGGUGGUGUUCAUGGCAAAGACGGCCAUCUCGGACUGGGGACAGUUUUACCUUAUCAACGAACUGGGACGGUCACAGAUGGAAGCCAGCUCCUUCACCAGCGCCAUCGAGACAGGCGGUUUCUUCGGGGGCAUCCUGGCGGGUGUGCUCACUGACAGGAUAGCAUCAAAGGUGAACGUGCGAGCUAACGUCCGCUUGCUCGUGGCUGCGGCGUUCAUGUGUGCGUGCUGCGGGAGCCUCUACGUUCUGCAGGCCGUUCUCACACCCGCCUCCUCUCAGGUCCUGGUGUCUGGGGUGGGGGUGGUUUUGGGCGCCAGCAUGUUCGGGCCCAUCUCCAUCUACGGCAUAGUCGCCUCCGAGUCCUUCCCUUCACACCUCUCCGGGACGGCUCAUGCUAUCGUGGCUCUGGCGGCGAAUGUUGGCGCCGUCAUGGCAGGGUGGCCGCUCAGCAGGGUAGCGCGCGCGUGGUCUUGGUCCGGAGUGUUGGUACUCCUGCAGGGUCUGGCGGGGUUGUCUGCCCUGCUCAUUGUGGUCACCCCGAGCAUACACGUCUCAAGGAAGGUCAAGACGCAGUAGAGAGAGAGAGAGAGAGAGAGAGAGAGAGAGAGAGAGAGAGAGAGAGAGAGAGAGAGAAUGGUUACAGUACAAAUACUUUUUUUUUAUAUAAUACUAAUACUAAUAAUGAUGAUGAUGAAAGGAAGUCCAUUUUUUAUCCUUUGAUCUGUAAAUAGGCCAGAAUUCUUUUUUUUUCUCUUGACUUUGCCUUAUCACGAGGUUGUAUUUGCCUUGUGUAUGUGUGUGUGUGUGUGUGUGUGUGUGUGUAAGCCAUUAUUUAUAUUCUGUAUAUGCGUGUAAAUACAUUAGUUUAUAGUUAUUAGUAUAUUAAAAACGAUUAUUCCAUCUUA